AUGACAACUGUUGGGGAGUACAUUCUCGUUGUGGUCAACGGAAUAACCAUCGUGGUGACUAUUGUGGGUGGCCUCCUCACCAUACUAGCCAUCUGCACACGCCCGGACCUACGAAAACUGGUCAACGUGCCCCUGGUCAGCCUCAGUUGCACAGACAUCCUCUUCAGCGCCAUUUAUUCCCCAUUUUGGAUCCAGCAGAUUCUAAACCCCCUUUGGGAGCCUCCGCCAGCCCUAUGCUGGUUGAUAGGCUAUAUCUCUCCCGUGCUAUGGGGGGCGUCCUUAUGGCACAUGUUGUGUAUCGCUCUUCAAAGGUAUUUCACAAUCUGUACCAACAGCACGCGUCUGAAGUCCAAGCAAGCCCUCACCAUCAUGCUCUUGCUCACAUGGUCGGUCCCUGCCCUUUCUUUCUUGCCUCUUUACAUCGUUGAGGAAGUUAAGGUGGAUCCAAAGCUGAAACGGUGUGGGACGGCAAAUUCUGACAAACUCUGGGCGAAGGUUCCCCCGACCAUUCUAAACAUAAUAUUCCCCUACAUCGCUGCCCUUGCCUCUUACAUCCUUAUCCAAAACCACGUGAGGAAGAGUAAGAAUCGUGUCCAAGCUCAUGCACGUGGCCCCACAAACCGUUUGGCAGUGCAGUACUCGAAGUCAGGGGGCGGCGGUGUAGCCGUUCCUUCCACGAGCACGGAAACCGACAAGGUGACAAAGCCGAUUAGAAACCUGGAAGGUGUAGUGUGGGUGGGGGACGAGAAUUCCUCAUCAAGUGAAGAUGAGCCAGUUGUCAAGCCAGGUAAACCCAAAGUUACUAUCGUGCAUGUUGCUCCAGCAUCUGGCACAGGUAAACAACAGGGUAAAAAAUCCUUACCAAAUAACGAGGAACGAAAAGGCAAUGAGCCAGAUAAAAACAAAGGCAUCGUCCCAACUGCUACCAUAGUGUCAGACCAGGCUGGUACAAAUAAAGGACCACGGCGAGCUCACGUUGUCCCGAGCAACAGUUCUCAAAACCACAAUAGCGCCGCUGAAAGGCAGAUCACCAAAAUGAUGAUGUCCCUGUUUGCUGUGUUCACGCUGUGUAAUAUGCCUGGUAUUAUGAUGGUGAUGUUCUCCAACAAAGUACCAGCUGAAGCCUUCGCUGUUGGCCAACUGCUAGUCUCGUUAAACGGUGCCCUGAACCCGAUCAUAUACGGCGUUAUGAACAAGAACAUUCGCCGGGGGUACACGCACAUUCGCGACUGCAUGCUCAACUUCAUAACAUAA